AAGCUCUUCCGGUGGCGUUUCCUGUCAGUGUUUGUAAACUGAGAAAAAAUUGGAAGUGCGACAAGAAAUAAUAACCUACAAAACUCUAAAAAUCAAAAGGCUUUGGCCCCUGAUGAUUUGGGUGGGUGUGGUCUCUUCUGUUACCCCUCAUCCUAAGUGAAGCCCCCUCUGUUCCCCCCAAACACACACGCAUUCAAACCACGGCGAUGACACACCAUACAAACAACUCUGUUCGAGACCAUAUGAAAUGGGCCGGGUUGCUGGGCUGCGAGGCGGUGCUGUCCAGCAUGGCCCUGAUGCAAGCCAACAACAUCCCAGGCCAGAAGAGGAUGAUGUCACCCUUGGGUCAGGGGCACAGGCCCAGUCCCGAGAGCCACCAACCCCACUCGCAGCAAAUCCACAACCAACACGGACACCAGGUCCACCACCAACAACCUCACCAAAGCCACAUGGGCCACCCCUCAGCCGGGAGCUGUCCACCGCUGUUGAUCCGAAAAGACGGGGACUAUCACUCAUCAAGACUGGCUGAUGGAAAGGACAUGCAGGCAAACCAGAAUAUGCAGCCCAAGAAGAAGCACAAAAAAGCAGGAUCCUCCAGCAAAGUUAAAGUCGAGCAUUUUAUUCCAACAAUGGAAAUGGACGAUGAUGACAGUUCCUUGAAAGUCCAGAAGAAUUUCAUCUGUGACCACUGCUAUGGAGCUUUCCGGAGUAGCUACCACCUCAAGCGACACAUACUGACACAUACAGGAGAGAAGCCAUUUGCUUGUGAUGCGUGUGAUAUGCGGUUCAUUCAGCGUUACCACCUGGACCGACACAAGAGGGUGCACAGCGGGGAGAAGCCGUACCAGUGUGAUCGCUGCAAUCAGAGCUUCUCACGGACAGACAGACUGCUGAGACACCGGCGGCUAUGUACAGUGGGGAUGAGCAAAGAGGAGAGCCAGUACGCACAGGAAGCAUCUGCCCAUACAGCUUCCUGGAGCCCCCUACAGCCUUCCAACAACCGCCUGACUGUCUGACCCCCGCUCCACACAGAGACCCUACAGAUAGCAGCUCAGUAAUGUCGCACAUUGGAGCUCAACAGUACUGUAACGAGAAAACAGCCUAGCUUAUACACAACCAAACUUUACUUUGCCCUCGCCAGCUCCUUCACAGAGCUUGAUAGUGGAUUUUUGUAUUUUUCUUAUCUGCUUUCCUUUCAUGAUACAGACACAAAGUGGACGGACUCAUUCACAGGUCUUGGUAUUACGGCAAUAACUAAAUGGGGGGGGGGAAAAAUCCUUUUAUCUAAAAAUGUUUCCGGUAUUUUUGGGGGAUUGCUUCUGAGGCAUUGGAUGUAUGUGUUGGACUGCGAUGUAUCGUGCAGCAGCUCUUAGGUAUCCUGUUGACGCGCAAACAUCCCAGUGCUGCCCUCUACUAUAUAUGGACAGUUCGCUAAAGGACAUUACUGUUAAUGUUUUAGGGUUUCAUUUCUCUCAUUUUGUGUUCCUAAUGCUUUUCAAGUACCAGCUACUGCUCAUAAGGGAAAGAUAACUGCAGUCCAAUAGUGAAGGUGUUUUGUGACCUGAAAUAAAAUUUGAUGUAAUUUUAUAUUACGCAAUUUUAAACAUGAGAUGGGCUCAUUACAGAGUAAAAUUCUAACUGGUAAUUAAUUUUCUUUUCAUGAAGAAGAUCUCAUUAUUUCAAAUGGAUCUAAAAGGCCUGUCUUACCUGCUACUCCCCCAGCUGUAGAACUGAGGUACCACAACUCACAUCCGUGAUUUGUGCAAACAGGUUGAAGAACACUAAAGGUUAACUAGUUGCUCCUCAGAUGUAAAAUGUUAAACUAAUCCUGGUAUUAGUUUAGUUAUGUUGGCUCUCGUAUCCACUGCUCUACCUUGUUUUAGAGGGUUUUUAUCCUGACAGUUAAGCGGUUGCACUGUUGAAAUGCAGUAGAAGGAAGGACACAUUUAGCAAGCUGUUUUAUUUAAUAACUGGAUGUAAGAACAACCUGUCUGUUCCAGGAAUUGUGCUUCUGUAAUAACCCACUCAAUAUAAAUGAAUGGUUUUACUGUCUCUGUUCCUAGAAAGCAUCGUCAGUUUUAUUGUUUAAUGCUCAGCGAUUACAGUUUUCUUAUGACUUUGAAAGACCGUCCUUUCAAAAGUGUUUCGGUAAGCAUGUUCCUCAGAUUUACAUAAGAACACAAUUCGAUUAAAAACCAGCCCUAAAAAUAGUUUUUACUGGAGAUACUUGGGAAAUGUUCUUGUAUCCAAUUAGUUUAGCCCUCAUAAUCCAGAAAACAAUUCAAACAGUUGAUAACGUAACGUGGUUCAUCCAUAGAUUUGAAAUCUCACCUCUGUCUUGACCUGACUGAAUGUGAUCUACAGUGCGUGUCACUUCAUCUCCAGUUUAACCUUGAGCAUCUUCAAUGAAGAUGAUGAGCAGAGGGGCCACGCAGUGUUUCGUCCAAUGAUGACUUACAUUAUAUUAUCUUCAGGCCUCUGGGUGAGAGAAUCUGACUGAAAACACUGGACAGAAGAUGUUAGCUGGGUUGUAGAGGAUUGUAUUUAGACUGGUACUUCCAGACUGCCAGAUGUUUAGAUAAUGUGAAAGGACUUUGGGGCCCCAUCACUGACUUGUCUACUUUUUAUGAAGUUAAUAUAUAUUUAAAAUGUAUUAGGGGUAGAAAAUUGUAUGUAUGGGACCUACAUUUCAAAAGAAAAUCAAAGUAUUUACAAAGUUAUAAUCCUUAGUCUGAUGAUUCCUUGUGAAAAAUGGCAAGACAUCCUUCAACUUGCUGUUAGGUGUAAAGUAAAAGCUGCCAUUUUUUAAUUUCUUUAGUAUAGCAGCCAUGAUUAGUCAACAUUUUUCUUUCUUUUGCAUGUAUUUGUUGGAGGAUAUUGUAUACAAUUUGUUUUAGUAAAGAUAUAUUUUUUAAUUUAAGCCCCACUUCUUUUCUCAUUUCAGGGGUGAAUUGAAAUCAAUUUUGACUCAGUCUAUCAUACUGUAGUGAACGGAGUUUUAGGGCCUCAAGUCUUAAUAAAGCUGUUACACUUUUUAAA